AUGAUGUCCAGCGAGAAAUCGCUGCCACUUGCUAACUUGAAAACCAUCCACUUAGAGGAUCUUCGCAGAGGAUCAGUCGGGGAAAAAGAAAAGCUCUUUGCGGCUGCCCAAGAUGAUGGCAUAUUCUAUCUGGAUUUUACCGAGGAUCUGGGCGAGCAUCGGAUAUCAGAUCUAAUCCAGAACAUCUACAGCCUUAGCCAGUCCUUGUUCGACCUCGACCUGGAUGAGAAGAUGCAGUAUGAUGUUGAUCAGAUCAGCAAACUCAAGCUGAAUGGCUACAAGCCCAUCAGCCGCAACAUUGGGGGUAUCAAAGGCCAACGGGAUGGAUUCGAGAGCUACGCGAUCCCACGCAACGGAAUCCUCGGGUUUAACCCCUUCAUCCACCCCCCACUCCUGGACAACCACAUCCACCUCCUCCAAAACUUCCUCCUAACCUGCAUCGGCAUAUCCCAAAACAUCUUCGAAGCCCUAUCAACCCAACUCAACCUCCCCACCUCCCAUUCCAUGGAAAAAUUCCACCGCCCAGACGCCCCAGCCCCAGAUAUCCUCCGACUCCUAAAAUACGCCGCAUCAUCCAAAGGCGAUCAGGAAUUCCGCGUCCCCCAGACUCCACAUACAGACCUGGGCUCACUGACAAUGCUAUUUGCCGAUUCCCCAGGACUCCAGAUCAAGCCCGAUGGAUGUGAUGACUGGCUGUAUAUCGAGCCUAAGGAGAACCAUGCAGUUAUCAAUCUUGGUGAUGCGAUGAGCCCAUAG